AGCAUCAGAAACUGCCGCCACUCCCUCCUGGUGAGAUCUUUUGGAUCAGUUUCUCAGUUUGGCGGCGUUUCUGCAGCACAUAUGCAACAUAGCGCGACGCCCAUGCCGAUACAUAAGCACCGAUAAGUAGCCAAGAGAUCAGCGCAGCAUUCGUGAAUGUUUCAGGUCGAUUAUUGGGAACCCACAUUGCCUGUUGACCUAUGGCGUGGUGGCUGUGGCUGUUGGUGCAGUUGGUGGUGUGGUGCUGCACGGGCUUGGUGGCGGUGCUGUGGUGGAAGUGGGCCACCAAGCCCCACAUCGACGCUCCAGGGCCGCCCACGCUGCCCAUCAUUGGGAACAUUCUGGACUUCCUCGAAAUGCCGGUGACCCUCCGUAAGAUGUUCGAGCUCCACCACCAGUAUGGGGACUUGACGAGGCUGUAUGUGGGCCCAAUGUUGGUGAUGAUGGUGGCACACCCAGAUGAUGUGCAACACAUCCUGCUGACAUCAAAGCUGGUAGACCGUGGUGCCAUUUGCACAAACGCCAUGCGGACCUUCGCUGGUGACGGUUUAGUCACCAUUGAUGCCAGCCGGUGGAAGGUGCACCGCAAACUCAUCAAUCCCACAUUCCACUCUGAGCUUUUGGAGGGAUUCCUGGAGACUUUCCACGAUGGUGGUCUCUUCGUGAGCGAGCGGCUCGCCAGGACCAGAGGCGCAGCUACCGACGUUCACCCUCCAGUGUUCUUGGCAGCCAUCCGUAACUUCUGCAGCGCCGUCAUCGGCAUGAACCCUGACCUUUUCAUACCAGACGCCUUGGCAGAGGAGGAGAUGUCUGCCGCAAUGUAUGAUGGUGUGACCACCGUGCAGGGUCAAGCGCCAACAUGCCAAACUCUGCUGCCACGUUCGGACCUGUAGCAACCUUGGCUGCCAUCUUGUCGAGACCUGCAACAACAGCAUCCAGCGUGUCUGAACCAGUGGUGGCCACGUGGAAUCCGGUAGCGCACACAGCUCACUUGAUUGAGCGGGAGAAGGAGAUGCUGUUGUCCAUCCCACUCAUCGAUUUGUGUGAUGAGGACACGCGAUAUGCCCCGACACAUCAGAUGCUCCCACUGGUGGUGUUAAACAACAAGAUGGAGUUCAGUACUGGUCACCAACAUAUGACCCAUCCCAGCGGAACACCCCUGUGAUAGCGCUACCGCGGGUACUGUGGAUAAGAAGGCAUCAAGGGCACCUACACUUUUCACCACAACAAACAAUUUAACUCCCGGUCGAUCGAAAGGUGUGAACAUUCCUAUCGAAGUGCAUCACGUCUGGGAGUUGCAUGCGUGAAUGGAGAUUGAAAAUGUAUGCGAAUGUGUUAAAGUGCCAAUUUCCGAUUUCGACUGGGAUGAAAUAUGUCGUGGAGAGCGCUACAUCAAUCAGCAGACAUUUGCCUUACUGGUGUGA